AAACGAUAACAAAAUAAUGACAAGGCAUUGCCAAGGACAGCUAACGUGCUUUGUUCCUACUUUUAAAUAGCUGCUGUAACUACUACUAAAGUGCGACAAGUGUUCAUAAGACGGUCACCAGUUAAUAUGGUCACUUAUUAAUACAAAACAUCGGACGGUUUGUUUUAAAGGGAGGACCUCUGGGACCUGUAGUUUUAGUUCGACAUAAGUUCACUUUAAAUGAAUGUUGUAGUAGUAAUAAUCAUAAUAAUAAUGAUAAUAACAGCAGUAGCGGUUUACAAGCUUUUUCAUAACAAUUACAUUAAAUUAGCCGUUAAUUUUUAAAUAAAUGAAUUUAGCUAACAACUAAAUAGCUUUUGACAUGAUUUAGCUAGCUUGGCAAUUGUUUUAGCUAACGUUUAAUGGGUUGUUUGCAGUUAAUGCUAACCAGCUUAGUAUUAACUGAGCCGAUGCCAGGAUGUCAAAUCUAAGAUCCCAGGAAGGUGGAACAGAGGGAAAUCCUGGCUUUCCCUUAAGCAAGGCAGUAGAGGAUGUCAGCCACCACAGCUAUGCCCAGACAGAGGCUUUAAAAGAGAGGCAGAAGACACUCAGCGCCCUACAGGCAGUUCUUUCAGACGUUGAGAGGAAAGGUGAGGCCGCAGAGCAGGAGCUGAGAUCUAAGGAGAGGGAGAUCUUGCUGUUGGAGGGCGACAUGGAGCACCUGAUGAAGCAGAGGGAGGUCCUGCGUGAUCGCUGUGCACUCACCAUUAAGGAGAACAUGGAGCUGCAGAGUCAGAUAAGCGAGGAGGAGGAGCACGCAUGUGUGGCACUGGCAGGGUUCACCGCUUACCGAAACAAGAUGGAGGGCCACAGAGCAGCUGUUUUGCGUGCAGCACAUCUGUCAGAUGUUCAUAAGAAUCUGGAGGAGAAGAGAGCUCUGGUCAGCAGGCUGAAACAGGAGAGGGAAAAGCUGAAGCAGGAUUUGGAGAAUCCAUAUGGUAGCACAGUACAGAUGGCGAAGAAAGAAAUAGACACACUGAAGGAGAACAUCACCGGGACAAGGAAGCUUAUAGCUGAGAGGAGAGAGAGCUUACGCAAAGAGUUUGAAACUCAUACCCAGAUAAAGAAAGACAUAGAGAUCCAAAACAAACGCUAUGAAGCCAUAGUUAAGCGCCUUCACUGCCAGCUGACCAGAGCCCAGGCCGUGCACAGGCAAAUGUCUGAAGAUAUUUUCCAUAUGGAGGGACAUUUGGCUGAGCUUAAGAAACAGAGGGAGGCUUCACAGGACUGCAGUCAGUGAUUAAUAAACUGUAAUGUUUUGUAGUUUGGUCACGUGAUUUGUAACAUGUGUUGAGAUGAUAGUAUUAUUAUUACAUUAUUGUAUUAUGUUCUGUUUGGUAAAAGAAGGAAUUGUUGCUGUUACUACGCUUGGGCACCAGGGGGCAGUAGCAUGUUGAGGUUAAUAACUAACUUUAUCUGUAGAAACACAAAACCCCAUUGUCAUAUCAGCACAUAUUAACAUAACAGUUAUUAAACAACUUCCUCAAUACAUUUUCUCCCCCCGUUUAUAUUAAAACACUUGUUUGUUCCAGCACACUUUUGCAGCUGUCACGCAGCAAAACCAGAGGCACAUGAGCACAGUGCGAGAUGGGAUUUUAGGUCAACUGGUGACAUAGAUCGGUCCGUCCAGUCAGUGUCCACUGCAGGGACCUAUGCCCAACAAAAGCCAAGUGUUCGCCAUGUAACAGUCAGUGAGGGCCUUGUUUUGGUACUCGCUGUUCCAGCCUUCGCUUCACUGGGCUGCUUGAUUGUCCUUGAGGUGACAGUCCCACUGCCAGCUAACAAGGGCGUGACUGUGCUACCUCAGCCAUAGUGCAGAACUAAUUAAACAACAGAACCGCUUUUUAGAGGAGUUCACCUCUCUGCAAAGUUGGAAAAGUCGUCCAAGAAGACCAAGAAGAGGCAUGCGUUUCUAUAUCAGAACUCUGGGGAUGCCAGGGACUGGGUAGUAGAAUUUAUUGCACCUUUACAUUGUUCAAAUACAUAAAAUACAUCUUGCCUUUACGUUGUAGUUGCCAGUGUUUGUAAUCAUCCCUGGCCUUCUUCUUCUAAACUAGAGUAUAGUGACAUUCUUCUUUAAAUGCCUUUAGUGCUCUGUCCAGUUGACCUUAUUAGUCUGUUAUCUGCUAUCUGACAACGCUCAGCUUUAUUAUGUUGUGGCUGCUCAGCCCUGGGCCUCGUACACGCCACUAAUGUCAACACACACUCACACUCACAAUAUUACACAUGAGAACGUAGACAGUGAGUCACGGGUGAAUGAGAAACCCAAAACAUCGAUCCAUCCUCCGGCGUUCAGGUUGUACAGUACAAGCAUGUGCCUGUACACUCACGCCACAUUAUUUUUCACACCCAACUUAAUCUGUUAUGAACUUUAUUUUCACAACGAGCACACUAAAUAAAGCCCCAGGCUGCAUGGCAAAGUGGGAACCUGCAUUUGAAAAUAGACAGUUAGUUUGUAGCACAGUAAUGGAAGCUAUGCUUUGUUGAGUGCAGCGUGUUACUUACAUAACAAGGUGUUUCCACUGAGAAGCAGCAUCCUGCAGGGAGUUUAAGUAAACAGCAUCCAUAUUCAUAAUCGCCUGCUACAGUAAUUAAGCCUCCCUAAUUGGGAGAUGUAUUUAACACCAGCUUCCUACCCCACGCGGCUUUUAUUUAUUCGGCUUUGACACCUUUAUCUGCUUCACUGUGGCUUCAACUUUCUUUUUUAAAAUAUACUUGGCUGCUGAUACAGACAGAAGAAAAUAGGGAUUUACAAGCCAAGGAAAGGAAAACGAAUUAAUAUUUGUGCAGUGUUUUAGAAACAUACAAAAUGUUCUAUUUCAAGCUAUAAAUCUUCACCCUUAAGGGAACAAGACCUGUUUAAGAAACCGACCAGUGUGUGACAAUCUGUAAUUUCAUACCAAAGCCUCUGCUGCAUUGGGGUUUACUCUGUUACAGCUGUACAUACCUCCCAUUCAGACAACAUGCGUGUGUGAUAGGCAUGUUUAUAGCUGUUUGCGCCUCCUCUGGUUUUCUGCACCGUGUGUGUUACAUGGGAGCAGGAACAGCUGCCAGAGGCCGUUUGAGAAAUCUUUAUGUGCUGCAAAGUGUGUUAAAAAAAACAGCUAAUGCAUUGUGGGAUUGUUUAUUUUGCUAUGUGUGAAUUUUCUCAGAAUUGUCUCUCUUCUUACAAACUCAAAUAUUGUUAUUAUUUAUUAUUAUUUUGUAUUUACUAUUUAAUUUUUUCACUGGCUGCAUCAUUCCACCGUGUGUGUGUGUGUGGGUGUGUUCAGGUCUUCCUCACACAUUUAUUACCUAGCAUCUCAGUCAGCAGUUUUACUGAGAAACGUGACGUAAGAGAGGCUUACAGAUUGAUAUCAGUACAGUGAUUAAGUAACAAAGACAAAUAAUACUGCUUUGUGCCACAGCGAUUAAACAGAACAUACAGUCUAUGUUCUGUUUUAUCGCUGUGGAUUCUGUGUGAAACAAUUUUUUUUCAGUUUUUUUUAUGAAACUGUAAAAAACUGCAGGAUUUACUGGUUUCACCUCGUCAGAUGAGCAUCUGCUCUCCUGAUCAAGCAGCAUUAACUUGACUGUGGGAAAACUGCAAGGCACUGGGUCAGUAGACUGGUCACAGCUGUUUGAACAAACUAAUAGCUCCUUCAGCUCACUGGGCGGUUCUAUGAAUAGUUUAUAUGAUUAAAGUUCUUAAACAUACUUCCUCUACCACAAUUGAAAGAACAUCGUGUUCCCACUCACAAAUCCAGGUACCGAUCUAUUAUACAGGUUAUUAGGUCCUUACAUAAAUGAAGUAAUCAGUUCUCCAACAAAAUGUGCUUUUUUUUCUCUAUUUCAUGCAUAUUGUUUCAUUUAAUCCUUAUGUUUAUUUAUUUAAUUUUAACUGGAACGUACUGUCUGCAGGCAAACGGCUGAUCCCAGUUACCAGACAGUGAUCAGCGUUUUCCUCUGUUCAGAACAGAAAAUAGCCCAACACACCCUAAGUGACUAAUCCUCUCCUCUGUGUCAUAUGGAAAGUAGCGUGUUUAGAAGCACAAUAGAGAGAGGAGAGGAGGGAAUAUCCCUGGACAGACAAGCAAACGGAUUCUGCUUUCUCCUGCUGUUCCUGUUGAGCCGCCGGUUUGCCGGUUUAAGGACAAACCUGUUGCUGUAACUUCCAACCUCACGGCUCCAGUAGAGUACCAGUCGGGAGGUGACUCAUUUAUGACCAUGUAGUCUUCUGGGUGAGGCUCCAGGGUGUUUGUUGAAGGUUCCUUGGUUUCAGAGGUUGGGCCCUGCCCCUUUUCCUGCCACCCACAGAAACUAAGCCAAGGUGUGGCUGGGCAUCACCCUGAGGAAUGUUUGUGUGACUCUGCCUUUGGGUUGUCAGGGAACAGGAGCAACGGCGUGACGUGGCCUCAGCUCAAGGAAAUCCAUGUAGCGCAGACUAAAAAUAGAGAUAGAUACCUUUAACCCACAGGCAUGCCUGUAAUUGGGAUCCACCCUGUUGUGUACCUGAGCAACACAAAGAAAAAGUCCACAUUGUCUGUAUCCACAACAGUAACAUUUUACAGAUGAACACAUUUGAUGUGUUCCUAUGACACUGUGGUGGCCUCAGUAGUCCUGUAUGGAGUUGUGUGCUGGGGGGCAGUACAGGCAGAGACAGGACAUCAUGGAGAACCCUCCACCCCCUGCACCACUGUAGAGGCUCUGAGCAGCUCCUUCAGCACCACACUGUUACACCCACAGUGCAGGAAGGAGCGCUACUGCAGGUCAUUCCUCCCACAGACAUCAGACUGUACAACACAGCACUACAGUCACACACAACACACACAGUGUACUCAUUCAUUGUUGUUGUGUAAUUACAAUAUCAUUCAUAUCAUCACAAUAUCAAUGUGCAAUAUCUCUUAUUUUACACUAUGUGUACCUUAAGAUACCUCAUCUUUUUUCAUCCAUCCAUCUCUCACCCACUGCUGGGUGUAUGUACAAUGUUUCCUUUUAAUUUUAAAGUUAUUUAAUGCCUUGUUUUAUUUUUCUUACACAGUUAAUAUUGUUGUUAUUCUAAUUUUGUUCAAUAUUUCAUGCUGCUGCAAAGAAUUUCCCAAUUGUGGGAUUAAUAAAGUCUUAUCAUAUCACCCUGUUUUCUACAUGCGCAACACAAAGAAACAAUAACACUGCCUGUAUCCACAACAGUAACAUUUUACAUGUGUUAAUCUGUAUCUGUGAGACAAUUGCCUCCACGCACAGUAGAGACACAAAUUGAGACAUGCAGCAUAGUGAUGUAUUUAUACUAACCGCGCUGUAAGUGAGUCAUGAAUGUAUAUUACACAUACAUAAUAUAUUGAUAGUAUGUUGUGAUGUAGCUGCCAAAUGAGGAGGCGUGAGGAGACAGUGCUGCACUCCCCUCAGCUGCAGUCAGUCGUUUAUGUAAGUGCUGCUCAGCGGUUUGCCAUCUUGAUCUUGCACCACCGAACCUGGUGAUGGAGGAUGUAUUCACAUCUUCUACCCAAACAAAGGUAUUUUAUGCCUUUAUUAACUAGUAUCGCACUAAAAUCAUAUUUGUCAGCUCCCCAUUAUUGAUUAGUCCACAGAGAUUACUUAUCAUGCAUGACUUCUUUCUGCAGGGAUCUGUCAGCAGACAGGAGCCUGGUGUCUUAGCACAGGACGAUCCAGGGCACUGGAUGCUUUACAUGCCGCAUGCACACGGGCAGGACUGGGAAAGUGCAGCACAGCACAGAGCAGGAGGCUCAUUUGAUUCCACUGCAGCCAGAAAGUAGGGCAGCUGGAGGGAGCAGCAGGGAGUGGUGGGUCAUCAGCGACGUCAUCAUUACAAGUGUGUGUGUGUCCUACAAGAAACUGGGGAGGUUCUACCCGAUUCGCUUUGUCUGCCCUGUUUGCAGGCAGAAGUUAAUUAUAAAUGAAACCGAGAUGGAGGCUUCUUACUGUGCAUGUAGAAAUGGCAAAGCCUUGCCCUGCACAGCGUGUUCCCGUUUAGUCACCAGUGCACAGACGACAGCUGCACUUCUAUCACUCCUCAGUGUUUGAUUCACAGGACACUGAAUAUGAUCUUACAUAUUAAUAAAAUAUGCCUAGAUUACUGAAAACUUAAAUCUUCCCUGUUUCAAGUACAAGCUCGGGCAUCUGAGCUUGUCAGCAAAAUACAGAAUAUUAACCUUUUCAGAAAUAUGACCCCACCGUUUUAAACAUAAUGACAGAGAGAAGUUCACUGGCUUCAUAAUAGAUUUUAUGGUCUAAUAUAAACACUCCAUGCAAAUAAGCCCAACAGCCUUUUCCCAACUGCUUGCAGAGUGGUUGCAUGUUUACCACUUACUGUAAACCAGGUGUGUGGGGGCGUUUAGACGAAGGAUCUGCCUCCAUCCUGCUGGUGCUAUUUUCUAAAGGCAACAUGCUUGACCUCAGUGGCUGCAGGCCACACACAUUAAGAACACAAGCAUUAAAUCACACUGUAGACCAGCAUGUGAGACGUAACAUCAGGCUUUGCCUCAAGUCUCACUUGGCGCCAUUGUAUCGGACCUGAGGGGGACUGCCCAGCUGGAGCUUCACUGUAGGGCUUGGUGGAGAUGAUCACCCCCCCCCACACACACACACACACACCACUGGGGGCAUUGCCUGGGAGACAAACGCACUCUAGCAUCCCUCACAUAGACACAUUCCAGCCCAAACAGACAAACUGGGGGGUUUCGGUCCAGUAGUCACCUCCUCUUGUGCAGUGGCUCAGCCUCCCAGGCUUGACGAGGAGUGGGUGUGAAGGGCAGGAAUCUGGGGGAGUGUGUGUCUGUCCCUGUGGUGCACUUGAGGAAGGUUGUUGCUUGGAUACGUUACUUAUUUGUAGUAAAUUAAUUAUUAAUUAUUUUAGUGACCAGUUUUCUUUUUUCACCAGUAGAAAUCCAAUAUGUCCCUU